GCCUCGUCUCCAUGCCUCAAAAAAUUGAGGAAAUCAAGGAUGUUCUGCUCACAGCCAGGAGGAAGGAUGCCAAGUCCAUCAAGAUAAAGAAGAACAAAGAUAAUGUGAAGUUGAAAGUCUGGUGCAGCAGAUACCUUUAUUCCUUGGUCAUCAUAGACAAAGAAAAGUCAGAGAAACUGAAGCAGUCCCUUCCCCCAGGCUUGGCAGUAAAGGAGCAGAAAUGAACCCG